UUCAAUUUGAUUCACAAAAAUCUUUAAAACAUUAGAAUUGGAAAGUAGUUGAAAGUUUCUUUGAUGAUGAUGGAUAUAACCUGUUAAAAUGCCAGUAACGUCCAGUUGUCAUUAUUGAAGAAAAUAUUCGUAUUAUAUCAACAAAGGCAACAAAAGCAAUGGAAUUUUCAACAUCUUCUGUCAAAAUGAAUGGGAUUCCUGUUCUUCCACCCCUUAUUACAAAUGAUAUUACAACAGAAAUACAGUACUACAAACAAUUAUCUGUGGCUGUAGAAGAGAGAUUAAAAGCUCUAGAAUUUGCAAAGGAAGCCAUGACGAAAUAUACGCAACUUAAUGGAAAUGGUGUUAAACUUCAUAAUGAAGAACAAAUAUUAACAGAAAAUAAUAUACAAAGUACAGAGUCCAAAGACCAACCUACAGUAGAUUAUCCUACAAAAGACAAAGAAGAGAGCUUAAUAGACUUCAAUUUGUCCAUUAGUGAAAAUGUGAAAAUUGAAAAUUUAGUAGAUAAGAAUGCCAAUAUUUCUGAAAUGCCAUUAAAACCAUCAGUGCAUUUACAAAGAUCAGUAAUGCUUGAAGAUAAAAGCUGUUUGGGUGAACUUUUUUUAGGAGAUAGUGUUGAUUCAGACACGAUUACAACUAGUACAGAUUUAAAUCAAUAUUUAAAUACAUCAGUUUCUACAAAAACAGACACCACUGAAACAACGCCAGAAAACUGGAAGCCACAAGUGCCUAAGUCUUUGGAUAUUGUUCCAAUAACUAUGGAUAAAUCAAAACCUCCAGAUAGAUCUCAUUCAAUAGAUGCAGAAACUCCAAAAUUAAUAAGGCAAGGUUCUUAUGUACUAGAAACACCAAGUCCUGUACUUAUAGCGCAUAUGCAAAAUGAAUUUGGUAAUUCUGAAUAUAAGCCUUCUUCUGCACAAUCAGCAAAGUGUAGAGAAUCGAAUACUAGUCAAACAAGAGGGAAUUGGGAAUCUCAAAAUAUUUUCAAAGAACCUCGCAUGAAUUCUGCUAGUAAAUUAAGAAAAAGUAGCAUUGUUAGUCAAAGAGUCAGUAAGUCUGUUUCUAACUCUAAAACUGGAUCUCCUUUAGAUUUGUAUCAACCAGCAAAAUCAGUGGAUUGUAUUCAAGCUAUGUUUGCUAAAGAAUGCUACUCACCUAAGAAUGUAUUCAACAGACUUUACAAUCAAAAUCCAAGAAAUUCACCACCUGUCAGUGGUACGAAUGGUUUUAAAAAUAAUAAUGCUAAAAAGAGCAGUAAAAAUUCAUCAAUACUAAAUUUAGCUAAUAAAUUAAGUGGAUCAUUAAACAUUGUAGGUAAUAAUAGUCCAAAGCCUGUUAGAAGAAUAGAAAAAAAAACGGAGAAAAAUGAAUCUAAUUUAGACAAAAGUUUUGAUAGAGAUUCUGUAAAAAGUAAUGAUUCAAAUGUUAAUGCUGUAAAACAUAAAUCAGUUAUAACAUCUGAAAAAAUUGUAACAGUUUUUAAAGAAGUUCAAGAUACUCAUAAAAAACAAAUGAUAGAUCUAAUUACUAGGCAGCAAAAAGAACAACUUUUAAUGCAAGAAAAUUUCAAAAAACAACAAAUACUUUUAUUGGCCCAGAUUAGAAAAGCUUUUCCAGAAAUUUCUAUAUCUACAUUAUCAGAGGCAAUAACUGGUAAAAAUACUGAACAUAUUACACCUUUGAGCUCAAGAAUAUCAAAUGGUCAACAAAAAGCAUGUGAUACCCAAAAAAGCAAAUUACAAUGUAAUGGAAUCAACCAUCAAGUUGAUAAUAGUGAUCAUAAUAUUAGUCAAUCAUCUUUAGAGUUUUCAAAUUCACCUAAGGAGCUGUCAUCUAAUUCAUGUCAUUUAGUUUAUCAACCAACAACUCCCAUGACUAUUCAUCAAAACCAUUGUCAAGCCAACCAACAUGUAGGAGAUACUCCAAACAUGAUCAUUAGUCGUGUACAAUUAUCAAAUAUUAGAACUAUUGACGAUAUUCCAGUAGGAAAUCCAAUGCGUAGACAUUCCAAUGUUAGUCGUCAAUUAUUUCCUUAUGAUAGUAAAUCUCAUGUUCCAGUUAUAGACACUUCCAAGUAUACUGAAAUACAUAAUAAAGCAGCUUAUAUAAUAACUGCAUAUGCCAAAGGAUUCUUGGUAAGAAGGUUAAUGAAAACGGAAAAAGUGAUUGCUUUGAAAAAUACAUACAGAGAAGCUUUACACUGUAUGUUGAAACUUCACGUUGACGCGCCUCUAAAUUUGCCAGAACUAAAUUUUCAUCAAAGACUUCAGUUGCAGUGUGAUGCUGCAUCGAUGAACAUAGUUGACUUAUUUUCACAAAGUCCUACCCGGAGAAUGGAAAUCAUAGCACAUGAUAGAGAGAUUAAAAGAGCUCGUUCUGACAGACCAAGCUCUGCUCGUUCAUAUUCUUUUGCAACACAACGUACACUUGCUAGAAAGAAAAUGAAAGAAAUGGGGAUAUACUCAAGUAUGCAAAGUUCAAUGAUGUCUCGAUCUUGUCCCGCAAGAACACGAUGUCAAACGUGGACUCCCAAUCUAAGAGAGAAAAGAGUUACAGCAAGUAUGAUAAGCCAAGGUAUCAAGAGAAGUACUAGUGCUGGUGCUGUACGUAAACCAUGGCGAUGAAAAUGCUCUCUAAUAAGUUACUAUAACUGUACAUGUAAUGAAUCUCUUAGCAGUAAGAAAAGAUACACUGCACUAAAAAAAAAAGAAAAACAAAGCCGUCUUUAGUGCCUGAAAGUAUCUUUUAAUUGUGCUUUAAAUGCUUUAUGUUAAUUAUUAUUGUUGUGUAUGUUUAUUAGUAGAUAAUGUAUUUAUAUUUUCUGUGAUACGUUAAAUUUUCUUUUUUAUAUAACCGACUUUUUAUAUUGAAAUUUUCGACUGUAUAUACAAAAUAUAAUACUCAUUUCAUGAAGUAUAUUUGCCAAGCAAAUGUUUUGUCCAUUAGAUUUAAUCAAUUUGUCAAUUAAAGUUGCAAUCAUUAACUUGACGAAGUUGAAUGAUUGCUCCUUGUUGAUUUGAGUAGGUAU